AUGGAAGACUCGUCUAAAACCGAUGGUGAUCUUGUAGACCUUGUUUCCAGUGUCAACGAAAGACUCACAGCACUCGAAGAAAAGGUCACGAAGCUGAGCGUCACACAAGAACAAGGUACGAACGAACACUCAUGUCAUGAAGAUACAUGUACCGAAAACUGUCGGAAACACCUAUUAAAACCCUCCAUGUUCCGUUAACCUUGCUUUUCCAGAUGUUUCCUCACAAAUUGAAGUGUAAUUUUUGCUGCGUAAACAAUUCGCCGAUUGCCUCCAGUGCCACAGUUACAUCGGCGGUAGGCCGGGAAAGUUGACUUGAGUUCAACUUUGCCGGUAUUUCGGCGGCAAGUAGAGGCAUAAUGAUACAGUCGCAGGCAUAUGUGAACCAGGCUUAACCAGUCAAAAACGAAGCACUCUUCUCUGCAACCGGGGUGAAAUUUUGACUGAACAAUUAACUACAUUACAGGGGUCGGUUGUUCAAAGUUAGGUUAGCGCUAACCUCGGUUAAAAUUGUCACCGAGACAACAAAAAGUCUAAAUGCAUUAAAACAUUGUGCCAUCCGUCUAUCUUUAAUCCGACAAUUUUUUUCUUUCUUUCCGACAAGGCAAAACAAGGUUGGAAGAAAUUCAAGAAUUCUCCGAGAACAUCGUCACACUCCAGGAAAGAAAACUCGCGGAAAUAGAGGAAAACAUGAAGGAACAAAAGAAACUCAUUGGCGAGAUGCGCGUUCAUUUACAAAACCUCCAAAAUUCUCGAGUGAACCACAAGGACGUUCUCGUAAGGCACGAAAACCAGACGAAAAAACUGAUUGAACUUGUAAACGCUGUUAGCGAAAAACAGAACGAAUAUGAAACGGAAAGAAGCCGUAUGGAAAACACAAGAGCGCGACGCUUUAGCACGUUUGAAGCAAAAGGAAGCCGAACCCGUAACGAGAAUUUAUACGAUUUUGGGGAUGGCACAUCUGCACGAGGCAGUGUCAGCGGUGGGCAUCGCCAUCAUCAUCGAAGAACGCAUUCAAGUCCUGUGGACAAGGAACGACGUAAAUUUAGUGCAGGUCUUAGACGACAAUCUGAUUUCUGA